AGCGCCACUGAGUCUCGACCCCAGUCCCGGCCCCAGUCCCAGCCCGGCAAUGGAGACGCCGCUGCGGGACGGGAUCCUGUACCAGCAGCACGUGAAAUUCGGCAAGAAGUGUUGGCGGAAGGUGUGGGCGCUCCUGUACCCCGGCGGCCCCUCGGGCGUGGCACGGCUGGAGAGCUGGGACAUGAGGGACGGCGGCCCCGCGGGGGACAAGCCCAGCAGCCGGCGGGGGGAGAGGCGCGUCAUCCGGCUGGCCGACUGCGUGUCCGUGCGGAGCGUCGACGGCGAGAGCUGUCCACGGGCGGCCGCCGCCUUUCUCCUCAACACGUCCGAGCGCAGCCACGUGCUGGCGGCCGAGCAGCGGGCGGAGUGGAUGGCACAGAUCUGCCAGCUGGCCUUCCCGUGCAUGAACGAGAACCUGGGCCUGGGGGAGUCAGGUCCGCUGCCCCGAGGGGACCUCCAUAUGGAAGAGAACUCCAUCUACUCCUCCUGGCAGGAAGUGGGGGAGUUCCCGGUGUUGGUACAGAAGACGGAGGCGGCCACGUGGUGCCAGUUAAAGGGAAACUACGUUCUGGUCACCACCCAGGAUGGCAUUCACCUGAACGAACCCUCCAGCCGCCAAACCCUCUACGUCUGGCCUUACCACUUCCUGCGCAAGUUUGGCCAAGACAAGGGAGUGUUCUCCUUUGAGGCCGGCCGCCGCUGCGACUCGGGAGAGGGGCUCUUCGCCUUCAGCUCUCCACGUGCCGCCGAGCUGUGCGGAUCCGUGGCCGCCGCCAUCGCCCGUCAGCGGGAGCGUCUCUCGGAGCCGGGCCGGGGCAGCGAGGGCUGCCGGGGCGGCGGGGGCUCCCGGCCGCCCCCGGCCCCCGGCCCCCGUCCGCAGGCCCUCCCGCGGGCCUCGUCUCUGCCCGAGGUGGAGCCCGAGACGUGGCUGGAGCCGGCCCUGGAGCUGCGCGAUAUGGCGGAGGGUUGCGGGGGCCUCCCGCGGCCGGGUCGGGCCCGGGUCCUCCCGGAGCGGGGGCCGCAGAGCCUGCCCCCGACCCUGAGCGUGUCUGAGGAGUCUGGCCUGCCUGGAAGCCCGUCGCCGGUGCUCUACGCCUCCGUGUCCAAGGGAGCCAGCAUAGGGCCGGGCUUACCCGGCGGAGCCUGCGAGGAGGGGCUCGGGCCCGACACGCACAAGGCGUGGGACCACCUGUACGAGAACCUGUGCGGCCUGGAUAGGGGGGCCGCCGGGCCGCAGGAGCCGGGGGUCCGCGAGGCCCUGGACGGCGGCUCCAGCGGCCUCUCCCCCAUCUAUGACAACAGCCUGGGCCUGGGCUGGCCCGGGCCGGCCUCCAUCGAGCCCAGCCUGGAGGCCCAGUACCGGCGCCUCCUGGAGCUGGAGGGGCCCGACGGCAGAGAGGACGGAGCGGCGGGAGAAGAGGAGGAGGAGGAGGAGGGGGCCUCUCCGGGCCGGGCCAAGCCGCAAACGGGCUUCAAGGCCAAGCUGGUGACCCUGCUGGGCCGGGAGAAGCUGAGGAAAGGUCCCGUCCCCAGCGAGAAGCCCUGAGAGGGGAGAGGGCAGGGGCCGCGUGCGGGCGGGGAAGCGGAGGGAGCUGGAACCCAGAUGGACAGAUACCUCGUUGCCGGUUCCUCCAGAGGAACGAGAGCUGGAAGGGCCACAGAGGCUCGGCGAACCCAGGUGCUUCGCUUCUCAGCUUCCUCCUCACACCCCGGACCCCAACCAAAGGUCUGUGCAGCUGCUGCUCGGCAUCCCCCGGACAGAGUAGGUAGUCAAGGCUGCUGUCCACCACUGAGGCCCCCAGCUGCGCCAGCUCCUAUGUACAGUGUAUAGACAUUUUCUAAUAAAAGUCCCCUCAUCCACUCAA